AUGCAUUUGCCUGGAGGUCUGGCUCGGUUUUCCUUGACAACUGCUCGUUUUUCUGUCAAGAAGCAGUCAAAUAUGUUUCUCUUGCAAGAAUAUGGAGGGAUUGAUGUAACAAGGCGAUCCGUGUCUAGUGAGAUUGAGGCAAUGGAAGAACCUGCUGGUGGGUCCUCUAGUGGUGUCUACCUUCUUCCAGAAUUCGAGGCUCUCGCAUCCCAAGCUAUCAAAACCCAAGUGUCAAAAAUGCUUUCCUGGCAUGCACUCAAGAGAUGGGAUUUCAACGUUUUUGAUUUAUGUCAUCUCACAGAUGGGAACCCUUUGUUGUUUGUUGGCUGGGCUGUGUUGGGUUCUCCUCAUUCUCAGUAUGCCAUGGCUAGAGCAUGUGGCGAAGAUGUUGACCUUGAUUCCUUUGAGGGGUACAACUUUAUUGAUUCAGAUCUCAAGAUCCCUCUGCAUACUCUUUGUGACUACCUUCGGGUGAUUCAAGAGGACUACAUCAGUGUGAACCCAUACCACAAUGAAACUCAUGCUGCCGAUGUUGUCCAAUCUCUUCAUGCUUUGCUGCAAAUGUCUGGAGAAGAACUGCAUGCGAGCAACCUUGAGAUCUUCUCAAUACUUCUUGCUGCUGUUGUGCAUGAUGUGCAGCAUCCUGGCUCAAGCAACGCCUUUCAGGCCAAUGCAAGGACGGAUUUGGCUCUGAUCUACAAUGACAGCUCAAUUCUGGAGAAUAAGCACGUUUCCCAUGCCUUUGUGAAGAUGUUUGACAGCAAGGCUGAUCUCAACAUCCUUUGUAAGAUUGAUCGUUCCAAGGUUGCCAAGAUUCGAAACAAGGUGAUCAAUGCAGUGUUGCACACUGACAUGUCUUUGCAUUUUAAGACUGUCAGUGAUAUCAAGGGAGAUAUGAUGAAAGAUGAUUAUCUCAGUGAUGAAGAAACGCGUUGGGAUGUGCUCAUGUACAUACUGCACAUGGCAGACAUUUCAGGCCAGGCAAAGCCCCGGCCUCUUUCGAUCCUUUGGACCGAUCGGGUCAUGGAUGAAUUCUUUGUGCAAGGAGACCAAGAAGAGCGUCUCGGGCUGCCAAUCUCACCCAACUGUAACCGCCACACCACCCUCAAGGCAGAUUCGCAAAUUGGGUUUGUCAAGUUUGUCAUCUUACCCGCCUACGAAGUGUUGGGUGGAAUUAUACCACAAGUCAAAGAAAGGGUUGCCCCCAUAGUUGAAGACAAUUUGGAGUACUGGAUAAACCAAAGGAAGGUAGAGUCACCGGACAUGGACAGUACUGCUUAG